CCGCCCUUCGGACCAAUGAGAAGGCGCGACGGAUCGAGUGUCACUAUAACAGAAGAACAAAAUCAGCGCGGUAAGUUUGCAGAACCUGACAGCCGCUCUGCGCCAGCGGGGACCUCCACGCUUCACACUUCUUCCUUCUGCUUAGCUCAGGGUGAAACGUCCACGUUCAACAUGUCCGACAACGAAGAGUACGAUCAGACAGAGGAUCGCCGUGAAGAGUACGAUGAGGAGAAGCCAAAGUUCAAGAUGAGCGCUCCCAAGAUCCCCGAUGGCGAGAAAGUCGACUUUGACGACAUCCAGAAGAAGCGUCAGAACAAAGACCUGGUGGAGCUGCAGGGCCUGAUCGACGCCCACUUUGAGCACCGCAAGAAGGAGGAGGAGGAGCUCAUCGCCCUCAAAGACAGGAUUGAGAAGCGUCGCGCCGAGAGGUCUGAGCAACAGAGGAUCCGUGCCGAAAAGGACAAGGAACGCCAGGCCAGGCGUGAGGAGGAGCGUCGCAUCAAGGAGGAAGCGGACGCCAAGAAGAAGGCCGGCGAAGAAGCCAAAAAGAAGUCUGCUCUGACCAACAUGGGAUCCAACUACGGCAGCCACCUGCAGAGGGCGGACCAGAAGCGCGGAGGUAAGAAAGAGACGGAGAGAGAGAAGAAGAAGAAGAUUUUGGCCGCCAGGCGCAAGCAACUCAACAUCGACCAUCUCAACGAGGACAAGCUAAAGGACAAGAUCAACGAGUUGUACGAUUGGAUGUGUCAGCUGGAGUCGGAGAAGUUCGACCACAUGGAGAGGCUGAAGAAGCAGAAGUACGAGGUCACCACCCUGCGUAAGAGAGUGGAGGAGCUCAGCAAGUUCAGCAAGAAGGGAGCCGCCGCCCGCCGAAGGAAGUAGACGCCGCUGGCGAAAUUAUUCUAGCUGAGAAGACGCACCACGUCGUCGCGCUGAAGACGCAACGUUAUCGCAAGCCGCUAGCGACUAGUGGCUAGCUGCUGCUAGCUGCUAACGAGAGCAAUAAAAACAUCUUGGACCUCCAUGCUCUCUCGACUGUUUGGUUCUCAGUAUUUUUGUAAAUAAAGUUUGACUCUUCAAGACGA